AUGACAGUUGAUGUUGAAUAUGAGACUCGGACUCCAUUGUGGCUCGACUGUGAUCCUGGCCACGAUGAUGCGUUUGCUAUUCUGAUUGCUGCUCUACACCCUGCUUUGGAUCUCUUAGGAAUCACAACCAUUCAUGGCAAUGCCUCCCUGGCAAAGACUACCGCGAAUGCUGGGAGUAUCCUGGAAGCUAUCGGCCGCCCAGAAGUUCCCGUGUAUCCCGGAAGUGUAAAGCCUUUCUCCCGCCCCGCUCUUCAUGCCCCAGAUAUUCAUGGUGAAUCGGGCCUUGAUGGAACAGACCUUCUUCCUAAGGCAUCCGUGGGACCCAUUACGGAUAGAAACCCAAUUUUAGCUAUGCGGGAUGCACUCCUGGCUCAACCUAAAGGCACUCCGUGGGUAGUGGCCACUGGUACUCUGACUAAUGUUGCUCUGUUGUUUGCAACGUUCCCUGAAGUGGUGGAUCAUAUCGCUGGCCUGAGUAUCAUGGGAGGUGCCGUCGGCAAUGGGUUCACAGAUGCUCCUAUGAGCAGACUGCCAGGUGAAAAGUCACGUAUUGGAAAUGUGACUCCUUGGGCUGAGUUUAAUCUCUAUUGCGAUCCUGAAUCCUCGGAGGCAAUUUUCAGUAACGCUCCAUUGGCAGCAAAGACAGCUAUCAUGAGUCUGGACUUGACUCACCAAGUACUUGCCUCAACGGAUGUACAGACCCGUAUUCUACAUGGUGGCAAAGAUGCAACUGAGGGACCGACAGUCAUUCGACAAAUUCUACAUGCUCUACUGCUCUUUUUUGCCGGAACAUAUGAGAAGGUCUUCGGCUUAACCACUGGACCGCCACUACAUGAUCCUCUGGCGGUGGCAGUGAUCCUGUCGAACCUCAACCCAGCUUUCGCUCAGAAACAUCCAGGUCAAAUAAUCAAAUUUGAUGACAAAGGAGGCGAAAGGUUCGCUGUCAGUAUUGUCACUGAUGGCCAGCACGGUCAAGAUGUUUCUAUCACAGGUCAGCUGGGUCGCUCGCUGGCUGCUCCAGUCAAGGGACCUGGUGUGGCUAUUCCCCGUGGUGUCGACCUCGAUGCGUUCUGGAAUCUGAUUUUGGACUGUGUGCAGCUCGCCGAUGACUGCAACGCAGCUCGUGGGAAAUAA